CCCAGCUCGCUCUAACAUGAGUUCCGCGCCGCUUCUUUCACGCUCGGCGCUCUGUGCGCCCAGCUGCAGCGGGCGAGCCUACAGCACUUGUCGGCCUAAUGCAUUACGACCAAUCUUGCCAAAAGCUGCUGGGAGGCGCUCGGCGGCAUUGGUGGUGCAAGCCAUGUAUAAUUUCACCGACUCCAAAGAAGAGCGCGUGCCCGGCCAACGUCGCAACCGGGGCUUUCAAAAGAAGCAAGAGCGCAACCUCAUGUCCAUUGUGGUGGGUCUCGCCAACAUGAGCGCCAAGCAGCUGGGCGCCGUGAGCCACCUGCUGCCGCCCGGCACCGUGGAGGCCAUCGGCAUCGCCGCCAAGCUGCCGCGGAGCAACCAGGGCCGCAAGCGCCAGGAGCAGCAAGUGGCCAAGAUGAUGCGGGGCCAGGUCGGCGAGGGAGCACUGGCCAAACUGGAGGCGGCGGUGGCUCUGGCCGAGGACAACGCCGGCGUGUGGGACGACGGUGACGUAAGCGGCCGCGUGCUGGCGUGGCGGGAGGGGCUGCUGGCGGGAGACGAGGCGGUGGCGGCUGAGGUGUACGGCUACCCACGUGCCUGGGCGCCCGACCACCAGCAGCUGAGGGCGGCGGUGCGGCAGUGCCAGCUGGCCAUGGAGGAGGAGGCAAAGGCCGCCAUUGCAUCUGCGCCCGACGCCUCGCCCGGCAGUAGCAAUGACGCGGAUGACGAGGAGGAGGAUCUGACGGCGGUGCUGGCGGCGGCGGCGGCGCGCAGCAGGCGCGGCAGCGGCAGUAGCACCGGCGCCGCCGCGCCGCCCAAGAGCCGAGCGCUGCUGAAGAGCCUGACCAAGAUGCUGAAGCCGUUGGCGAUGCGGGUGGUGGCGGAGGCGGAUGCCAAGGGCGCGUCGGGGGCUGACUCAGACGAGGCGGGCGAGGAGGAGGUGGCUUGAACUUGAAGAUCGGAGACUUGUGAGGAGGACGGGCACGGACGAGGCUUGGGGAGACGAGAGCAGGCAGGUUGGGCAGAGUACAAAGAGGCUUGGGUGGAGCCAAAGGCGGCGUAUGAGCCUGUGAGCUUUGACGAUACUGGCGGGGGGCGGUGAUGCGAGGCAAGCAGGAUAUUGGGCGGGAGAUGACUGAUGCGCGUGCCUGUGACCAAGACGAUGGACAAGGAUGUGCAUGCUCCUUACCGUGAUAUAUUUUGUAGCCUGAAACCA